AGUCUUCGUGGCGGAGAGAGGCCGAUCGUAAACCGUCAGUCGCGCGCGACGAUCAUCGCUUUCAGAACGUUUGAAUCCUCUUCUCUCUUUUCGCCAUUUUCAUAACCGGGCGACAUAACAGCAGAUUUGAAUUUCAAUUGGAAUUUGAAUUUCAAUCAAAUCUGAGAAGAGGCGAAACGCAGCGAUCGCAAGAAGAAGAUGACUACUUGCCUGGGAAACAAUCCAGCGAAAAAUGCGCUCGACGCGGAGGACAUCGGAAGACGGCAAGCGAUACCUGUCAUUCAUACCAGAGGAACUCAUUACGACGUUGGCUUCGAUAUCGGGCGCACAUUCUCCGGUCUGAUUCAAGACUUCUUGGACACCUAUAAACCGCUCAAUGAAACCUAUUUACCGCUUUACAAGACCGAAGCAGGCAACAAGGUAUACCAGGAGACUCUUGCCUGCGUGGAAGAGCAAUUUCCCGGAUAUCUUAAGGAAAUUCGAGGAACAGCUGACGGAGCGAACGUUCCUUUUCACAAGUUGUUCCUCAUGCAUUUAGACGACAUCGUGCCAAACGUAGCGAACGAAGGUGCACAAGGGAACACGUUACCGGUUGGUUGUUCGACAAUCAUGUGCAAUCAGCCAGGACAGGAAAUUUUGGGGCACAACGAGGAUGCACUUAGCGAAACCUUGAAUCACUGGUACUUGGUUUCUGCACACGUGUUAGAGCCAGGAUGCAACGAGGAGAUUUUCACGUCUUUGAGUUAUGCCGGAUUCUUACCAGGCUACACGAUGGGUUACAAUUGUCACGGUCUCGUUUAUACUAUCAACACGCUUAGCGCCGCAACCUUGAGGUCCGGUAAAACGCCCAGAUACUUUCUAACCCGAGCACUCUUAGCAGCCGAGAAUUACGUGCAAGCUCAGCAAAUUUUGCGUAACCAAGGUUACGGCGCUGCAGAAGGAUUUUCGGUAAAUAUGACCUUCUUAACGCAACAAGGGGACAGAAUGUUUCAUAAUGCCGAAAUAGGUCCUUGCGAGAACGAGGACGCGCAGUCGCAAAUCAGCAUUCUGACCAUUAGCCCUGGAGAAAAUACCGUUCACUGUAACAAGUAUCUACGAUUGAAGGUCGCAGAAGUCGAGGGUCUUAUCGUAGAUAGUAGCGAGAAAAGAAUGAAUGCCAUUUGUAACCAUCCUCCUGCUAAAUCUCGCCAAGAUGUUUUAAACAUUCUAAGCGAUCAAACGGACGACCAGUAUAGAGUCUAUCAGGAGAUCAACAAAGAAGAUCGUGUGAAAACUAUAGCCACCGGGAUCUUCGACUGUGUCGAAAGGACCUGGUCCAUCUACACGGACAAACCAAACUCUGUGGAACCGCUAUUGGUGAUACCUUUACGAUUACGAAACGAAUCGACGGCAACUUCUGCUACGUAAACACGUUACACCUACCACACGAUCAGACCACUUCCUUCGUUCGAUUUUAUUUAUUAUUCCUUUCAUUCAAUAAACCCACCACACUCAGCCUCCCUUCGCCCUAUUCAUUCCUCUUUCCUGCUAGGAACAUCUAUCGUACGUACUUCGAGUUUUCUUAACAAACUUUCCUUCCUUCCUUGCUAUUCGUUAGGCAAAAUCACACGGAUAUCAAAAUUAUCACACCGAAUCUGUUCGACAACGGAUCAAGGUGAAAAAUUUCCUCCUCCUCCUCCUCCUCCUCCUCCUCCUCCUCCUCCUCGUCACUUCUCAUUUCUUUUUCUGCCGCAAACAGUUACAAUUUAUUAGAAGCUACAUUUAAUUUGAAAAGUAUCAGAUCCCGUGUCACGUAAACUUUUCCGAAUAAACGAAACAUACACAAACACAAAAUGCUAGCGAGCAACCACCUUCU